CUCUUAUACCUUGGUGAUGGGAAAAUCAAUGAUGCCGAGCUCCCUCACCACACGAAAAUAACGCAAAUGGUCUUGGAUGAAUACCGCACAGAAUAUAACAAGACAAAAGAUGAUUUAAAGAAUGCUCUGGGACGCAUCUCCAUGACCACGGACCUGUGGAGUGAUCCAAAUCGUGAUAGUUACAUGGCAGUGACAUCCCACUUUAUGAUGCGGGGCGAGAAGAACAGACUCGAGUAUAGGACUUGCCUUGUU